AUGCGUGGCAUAGUGACACCACCAACCUCCUUAUUGCCAGGCCAAGUUCUUAACGAUCUCUACAUCUUCGGCAACGAUCCAAAUCAAGAGGGUGGUCAGUACACUUACUAUCCGAUGGAUCCAGCUGUCGAGUUUCUCUUCUGCUCCGAGUUCCGUCUGGACAAGAUAUUUAUUUCUGUCAAGAGCAGCUGGCCUGAAGUUUUCGCGGCCUACGAUCAACUGAAAAUCAAUGCUAAGAAUCAAUGCGAGCGUGGAGAGAGUCUCGAAAUCCAUCCAGUAACUGGGAGCGUUGCAACUCAAUUCUUGACACUCGCUGAACAGCUUGAGGAGUUCGCAGCGUCCGCUGCUACAGCUGCUGGAUCGACGGCAAUUAAUGAAUGCAAUCUUGGAACUCAUGAUUGCCAUGCCAAGGCGACCUGUACCGACAAUUCAUCAGGCUAUUCUUGUGCAUGUAAUGAUGGCUUCCACGGCGAUGGCUUUGUCUGCACGGCCGUCGAUCCAUGUGAAACACUCACCUGCGACGGAGCUCACGAAUUUUGCCGUAACGGUGCGUGUACUUGCAACGAUGGAUACGAGAUGGUCGAUGGAAGCUGUUACUCUGACUUCACUUGGAGACACUCUUCUCGUCCCGUGCGCCGAGGAGCUACUUGCAAUAAUAUCGAAGGAUCAUACGAGUGUAUUUGCGACGGUAAAGGGUGGGAAGAAAUCGAUGGUGUCUGUGUCAACAAGGACGCUUGGAAACAAAUCCAGACUCAGUACACGAUCCGAAUGAAUAAAGUCAACGGACAUCUCGCUGUAACACGCGCAAAGAAAAUAAAGCCACUCGCCCCGGGGAGCAUCACACAUCAGAUCAGAGCUUUCUACCCAUCUAGGCGAAGCACAAGCGGUGGUUUUGUUGCGGCAAAAUUUACCGAAAGCGAACCAAGAAGCUGUGCGCGUCAAAACGUAAUGGUCGCAAAAGACUCCGGUAAAAAAGGGAAUACGAAUCCAAUUAAUUCGUGGCUUUUGCGCGCGAUGGGGCUGUGUCAGUCGAAGAAGAGGAGUUUGGAGGAAAAGUUAACCGCGAAGAGUGAGCAUCUUGACGAGCGAGAGCUUGUUGAAAGUUGGCUGGAUACGCUUCAAAGAGCGCAAAGCGACGAUGAGAAAUUUAUCCUUUACAAAAUCCUCGUCGGCUUCUUUGAGAACCGUGGUCAUUUCUGGAACAUGGCCGGCUACGCGCAGAAACAAUUCGACCUGGUGCGCAACUCAGUGAACAAGGAGCAUUUGUUGUGUGGAAGUCUAAACCUCGCGCGUGCAAAGCUCUUUUUGGGCGAUCACUCAGAAGCUGCCAAAAUGGCCAACUACAGUCUCAGCAUGUUGGAAAACAUCGACUUGAAUGCGGUAAAUUAUCGGUUCAAGGUCGAUGCACUACUUACUGCUGGAGGAGCAAAUAUCGGAUGCUCACGAUAUUCCAUAGCUUUGGGACAUCUUGAUGCAGCGUUGAGGCUUAGCCAUAUGUACUCCGACAAAGUGACUGAAGCUUUAACAUGUUGCCUUCUUUCUCAGCUCUAUUUCCAGCUGCGGGACGACGGGAAGGGAACAUUCUACCCCAUGAAGGCUGACUCGCUCCUGGCCCGCUUUGGCGAGCAAUGGGACGAAAAGUCCAAAUGCACAAUCAUGCUGUCGAUGGCGUAUGCUGAGCGAAAGAGCAAAAAGCUUGAUUCUGCAAUGGCUCGAUGCGAGGAAGCGAUGGCAAUUGCACAUGAAUCGAAUGAUAGAGCUACUCAAGCACAUACGAUUCUCUGCUUUGCGGAUAUUCAUCGACAGCGUAUGGAUAAUGAUGCUGCUAUUCCAAGGUACAAAGCGGCGCUGAAGAUGUUCCAAGACAACGGAGAUUCUAUGGGAAAACUAAGAGCUCAAAUUGGGCUUGCAAAAUGCCUUGUCUUCAAAAAAGACCAACGAGAAGCUUCCCACUUUUAUCAACUCGCUGUUGCUACCUGCCAUCAAACUGAAAAUAAGAGCUACGCAAUCAAAAUUUACGAAGAUCUGAUCAUCAUCGAGACUCACAACAAUCUCGUGUCCAAUAUCGAGCGGUACACAUCUUUGCUUCGCCAGGCGUUGAAGGAGAUGAAAGUCAAGUGUGGGGCAUGUCUGGAAUACAUUGGCGACGAGUCGACUCAAUUAGAGGCACUGAACUGUACUCAUUUCUUCCACACGGAUUGCGUCCAAGGAGGAAUUUCCGUCUGCAGAUGUUGCCAGCAGAACGUCCACGAUCUAAGGCCCAUCAACUAA